AAAUCAUGAGCAGAGACAGAGCUCCUAGAGUGUUCCUAGGACGAUUACCUAGAGAUGCAAGAGAGAGAGACGUUGAGAAGUUUUUUCGUGGUUUUGGGCGUAUUAGGGAGAUAAAUUUAAAGAACGGAUUCGGUUUUGUGGUAAGUACUGCUAAAAAGCUUAAAUUGCACAUUAAUUUGAAAUGGAAAUCUGCUGUAAAAGGGUACCUUUGGAAGCAUACUGUGUUUCUUCGCCUGUCUGUUGGCUAAAAAGUUAUCAAAUAAAUUUUGUGUCUUACUUCAGACACUUUCGUAAAGAAUUAAUCGAACGCACGUUUAAUUCCUCCGGCUGAAAAAGCAAGCUGUACUCUCCCGGUUUACAUUAAAAUUGCCCAAAUUCGCCUGUCUCGAAACAAUUUUCACACUUUUCCCCUACAUGUCUAUGCAGUGACUGCCCUUCAGCUUUUACUCCGUAACUUGUUAAAAGCAUGAAAUUAACUUUUUCUUUUUUAGUGCCCACUUGGUUCCUAAAUUUUUGAGAAUUGUGGCCAGUUUGAAAAAAAAUGUGUCAUCAGGCUCCAGUUGUUCAAAAGCUGGAUAGGGCAGCACUCUCCAGAGGGUAAUGGAAUGAUAGCCUGGUUUUCCUAACACUUAUCCCUUAGUAAUUGGUGGACAGUUUGUAGCUCUGGAAAAGCUAGGCAGGUCAAGCUGGCUUUUUUUACUCAACUGUACCUGCAAUAUUACCCUAUAUCUUUGUUUUCCAGAGUGAUUUGACCUGGUGGUAAGCUCUUUUUCACCUGGUGAGAUAAGCAAGUAGCCAGCUCUUGGCAACAUCCCUCUAUCAAACCUUUUAGGCCAUCCUCUUUUUUUCUCCGUUGAGCAUCUCAGGCCGACCCAAAUUUUUGGCAUUUUCAAAAAGAAAAGUAACGACAUAGUUAAACCGUUUUUCACUUAAGUAGAAAAUGGUUUUAGUCUUUUAGUCUGAAAAAUGAACAUACUUUUCUAUUGCUUAAAAACUACCCUUUCCAAAUGAAAUAUUUGUGACCGGGCACAGGAUUUUGUACACUAAUGCUUUACUGCCUAACGGAAAAAUUUGUUUACUGUCCGUUUACCAUCCGUUUAAAACAGAUCACGAAAGCUUCUCAAAGCUUUGUUCAUCUGUUUACUAGAAGCCUGAAUCCGUUUUAUGCUUUAGACAAACCGUUUAAAAGAAAUUUGUAUCUUUUUAAUGUUUUGGAGAAAAUGUUUAAACAGUUAGCUUAUCUGUUUCUGCAUGACGUGCUUGACUACACUCUGCAGUACUUAUCACCAUCGUCCCAUCAUACAGAGCAACAUGGUUUAAAAUUUCCCAUUCUUCAAGAAGUAUUCAAUGGCAAAACAUUUUGCUACUGUUUCAUUUAUUGUUUACUGUUCCUGUGUCCAAUGCUGGGUUGGAGAGGUUCUUCAACAAUUUGUGCUAUGUAAAGAGUGUGAACAGAGCUUUGCUCUGCCCAGCAAACUCUUGAAGGUAUAUCCUGAGGAUCUAGAAUCACCAAUGCUAUGACUCAUGACCCUACCAGUCCCAUCAAGGGGUGGGAAAGGGCAAAAGGAGGACAGCCAAAUCAGAAAAGAAGGAAAUACUACAAACAAAUGGUCACAUAAAAAAGCCAUCACUCUUAAAUAGACUCUCAUGAGGAACUUUCAUCAGAAGAAUGUCCUCGGGAGAAUGUCUGACUGUUCUCUGUUAAAGCAGUGAAAUUAAAAAGGUUGUUGUGAAUUUUUCUUUGUUUUUUGUCCGACCAGGCUGCUCCUUGUCAGGUUAGGUGUGGUCUCUCUGACAAAUGACGUACUUAUUUUAAAAAUCAUUUUCACACUUCAGAUCUAUCUCAGUUAAAGAAAAUUGCUUCUUUCAAUGCUCAGUGAACUUUAUCAUCAUCUCAAAGUUUUCUAGUCCCCCUGUCAUGAUUGACAUCCAAAAAUGACAGGCCUUGCAAAUGAAAGUACUUAGUUUUCCUGACCUCUAUGUGUUCAUUACUAAUAUGUGUCAUGUUGGGAACCUCAUGCACUUUGAUCUUAAUCCCAUUCCCCCCUGCGAAGGAAAAACUUGAAAUUUGUCAAUGCCCCUUAACCCGCCAUCCUUUGCUUGCUGUCCAAAAGUGUCCCUCCUUUCCCUUUUCAAACGCACCAUUUGAACAACUCCAAUUGUAAUAAAGGAUUUAUAGCAUCCUGUAAUGCAACCCUUAUGUACAUAUAUCUCUAUGUAGUUUUAUAAAAUAUACGCAAUCUAGAGAAUAAAUUUUAUUAUUAUUAUUAUUAUCAUUAUUAUUAUUAUUAUUAUUAUUAUUAAUAUACCAGACUUACAUGUAAAGGUGGUUGUUAAGUAUUGGGCACGCUACCUAAUUUUUACAUGCAAGUUUCUUCAAAUGUACUUCUUUCCUUGCCAGGAAUUUGAUGACUACAAGGAUGCUGAUGAUGCUGUUUAUGAACUGAAUCACAAAGAGUUUCUGGGAGAAAGGUACACAUUUAUGUAACUAGACACAUGAGUGCAUUUGAAGUUGGCCCAUGGUCUUGGUCCUAUGUUGCAAUAUAAAGGUACCUUUCAAGUGUAGCAGGCACCUGAUACAAAGAAGGUGCAAAAUAAGAAUGAUGACACUGACCAGGACAACCCUCCAAGUUGCUAACAUUUUGCUCCCCAGGGUGCCCAAGACUUGACUUGAUUUGUAAAAAACUCUCCUUAAACCAAAAGAGUUGGUUGCCAAAUGGUGACUGGGCAAAAACUUUAACUUGGAGGGUUGCAGGAUGGUGAAGGAUACAUGUGGGAAGAGAGGAUGCACCUGUCCAAGAAACCCUAAAAAAUCAUUUAUAACCCCUCUACCAUACUGUUACGGGUUAAAAAUUGUUAUUAAGUGAGAUAAAACACACCUUGUCAGGGUUCUCCCUAAAUUUUAGCUCAGCAGGUAAGGGACCAUUCAUCGCCGGUAAGGCAAAAAAUAUGUGCGCACUUUCCUGGGGAGGGGGUAGUAGAGUGAAGGACAUGGCUUCGACCUCGGUGUGAAAUUAAGGCGUUAAGUUCUCUGAAACGUCAUUGCCCCUCAUUUGAAGUCCUAUAUUUUACGCAAAUCAGCCGUUGUUAUCACAAUUCAAAACGUUUGAUUCUAAUAAUUGUACUCUGUCUUCAAAUGCUCUCUUUCCAAAAUGCGUGGCCCAUAAAAAGAAAACCUGUGUAUACUUUAGUACACUUCCAUGUAUUCUUGAUCGGAUCGGAUCAAAACUUGGGUAUUCUUUAAAACAACUUACUUAAGUUUAGUAACCUUCAAGCAGUUGCAGGCGGUAAGAAGUGUUACUUCAGACAGUAAAUUUUACCAGUUACCGCCUGAUAAGGAGAACACUGCUUGUGUUUGAAAUUUUCAUAUUUUUUCAAAACAACAAAGCUCAUUCCGCGAACACGAUAUAAGUUUGCAUAAUAAACACAGUAGACAAUUUGUUAGCCAGUUAAACCACUGGUUCUUUGAGCUACAUGUAUGUGACAGUUAAGCUUACAACUCCUAAGUAAAGGUUUAUGUAUGCAAGUUAAUUAAAUACUGAAUGGGUCAAGUAUUAGUUACGUGUACUGUAUCUGCUGCUUGUACAUUGUAUAAUAGUUAUACAAUUAUUAUUAUUAUUAUUAUGAUUAUUAUGAUUAUUAUUAUUGUUAUUAUUAUUAUUAUAAAGAAACCUCAUUUUUUAAUGCUUCACUACAUGCCAUCCACAGUAUGGCUGGGCUUUACAGGAGUAAGCCUUCUGUCUGUUUCAAAUGUAAACAGAAUAAUUAUUUCAUUCACUCAGUUGCAAAUCUCCCAAGCAAUAUUUAGGAAAGUAAAUUGUAUUAACAUUUAAUCAUAAUGACCCACAAUAAUCUAUUUACCAAGAGCCUCAUUUUAGUUAUCUGUUAAAGAAAAAAGAAAAAAAGACACAAAAGGUUUCAAAUGUUUCACAUCUGUAGAUCAUAGGACCUGUUUCUCUGGUUGCCAUACAUAUGCAUUACCUUUUCUCUUUUAGGAUGUUGUUGGAUAACAAAAAUUCUCUGCUCUCUCAGAGAGUAGAACAGUCUAUUUUUGUAUAAUUUAUGCCUUUUGGGCAGGCAUUACCCUCUCCUCUUUUUGUCCUUCACAUGUAACAUCACUUACCUUGCACCCAUUGCUUAUUUUGCUUGUGCCCUUUCUUUCCUUUGUGCCCACACAAAAAUUAUUUACUACCUUGUUUUGGCAUUUUUAGGAUAACAGUGGAACAUGCUCGUCCAACAUCAAGAAGUGGAAGUAGUGGUGGGGGUGGAGGAGGAGGAGGAGGAAGUGGAAUGAGAAGAGGUGGUGGAUUUAGAUUUCGAGACAGGUUUGUAGGAUAGGAAGCAUCUCAUAUCAUCUCCUUUCCUGUACAGCAGUGGGAUUCAGUUUACAUGUACAUCCAGUCCUAGAAGAAAGAAGAGUGCAGUGGUGCAUUAUAGUACACAGUAUAUCUGUACAGCUAGUAUUGUUGCAUUGUUCAUUUACAACAUGAGUACAUUUCCAGGGUAAGAAUGGGCAAAAACAAAUUUGAUGGCGGCAAGCAACUUUUGAAGGAAAAUACCAGAGUGUAGAAAUUACAGAUUUCUUGCCAUAAAACAUUGUGGCAGUGCUUCAAGCUGCGACCAACUUAGCUGCUACAGAGAGUAGAUAGAAACUGUGGCAAUUAAAAUUGGUGAGGUGUUUAAAGCGGUCAUGUUCCAAGCUUUAGUCAUUGUCAUUAACAUUGUGUUACCAUACACAAAAGCAAAGAAAAAUAAAAAAACAACAUAUGAACCCUUUUUGAAUGGUCAUUUAGUGUCAUGGAAAACUAUUGCCUGUCCAUCAUAGUCUUGAAAACAAUAAUUCUCUGUAAUGAAAUUUUACAUUGUGUAUAUUUUCUUUAACACUUCUCAAAAACUUUCUUAGAUUGUCCAUUUAGCUUUUAUCGGAUUGUUUUGUAUAGCACUGUAGACUUCUGUGAUAGUUUUGGUCAUUCAUGCUUUUUUGAUCACUUGCUUUGGUCUUGUAAUAUGUGGUUGUUGUGUUGACUUGUGCAUGCUUGGUAGAUAUGGUGCACCAUACAACACAGAGUGGAAGGUAACUGUGGAUAAUCUAUCAUCCCGUGCAAGUUGGCAGGUGAGAAUUCCAAACAAUCUGAUAAAUGUACAGUAUGCCGUGACUGUUUUGUUGUUAGGAUAUAAUAUGCAGUACAGUAAUAACAGUAUUUACCUUUUCACUUUCAUGUAGCAUUUUUUAUUCUAGCAAAGUUGUAGCUUCUUCAAGUGUGUAUGCUAAUACUUGCACUUGCAGUGUAACAUUAUUGUUAAUUGGUGAUCAGAGAGCCAGAAAGCUGUUCAGUUCUACUGUAGUCUGUUUGUCCUCAAUUACUUUUCCUCUCUUUUAUGUGCUAAUAAACUUCUUGUUAUGACCAAAAUAUUUAUAUACAUUGAAUGGGAAAAGCAAACAGCAGUGCUACAGCAGCCUUGCCUUCUCCUUUUGUGGUGCACCAAAAUAAAAUGUUUUGGGAACAUGAAAGUCAAGUCAGUGAAUUUUUUAAGAGGAAACAUGUGUGUAAUCAUUUAAUUUACUAGACAUACAUGUAUGUUAACAAAAUUUCAAAACCCCACCAUUACUUCAUAAAUAACAUUCAGGGUUCGAAAAUAACAGUUGUCCAGUUGGCCCGGACAACCAAAAUUAUCAAUGGGGCAACCAAUUUGUCUUAGUAGUUGCCCCUUGAACAACCCAAUCUGCUGAGGCAGUUGUCCCUAAAGAGAAAUAAUUAUCACAGCUUUUUGCUGUGGAAGGGUUCUUGACACCAAAACGUUAGUUGAAAGUAAAACAAAUGCAAAAAAAAAAUAAACUCCCAAAUCAAUGUUUGGCCUGAAUGAGCCUGUGUUGCUGUGCGUGCUAUGUAUGUAAACGUAUAUAUACAUUAUAGCCUGUUGAUUCUUUGUGCAGUUGUAAAAUACAAAAUGUACGAGCUUCCUUCACUACUUCAAUUUGGAAUCCAUAGCUACAGCACAGUAGGGGUGCAAGAAUUUGAAAGCUUAGGAAAAGUGUUCAUUAUCAGAGAUUUUAAGAGUCAGGGAGGACUCUGUAGUUAUGGGCGCAAGAAAAGACAGGUUGCUCGAGAGAGUUCUUUUUGCAUACACUGUAUACUUCCAAGCAAGGACAAUGCGGUCAUGCUGUAAUUUGUUGCAAAAGAAAACAGUUUGUUUUGUAGUUAUCACAGACGGUUUUUGAAAGAUAAAUCCCCAUUUGGAAGCCAAACAGGCAGCAACUCUUUUCACCUUGAGGGAGAAAAGAAAAAAAACAUAUGAAACAAGUGAGGCACACUAAUUUUUUAUUGUGAAAAACAGUCACUAAUAAAACUCUUAAUAACUUGAGCUACCUCAGUGUUUUAUUUUCUUGGAUUGAGCUGGGCUAAGAGGUUGGCUUGGCAAUCAAAAUAUUCCUUGGCCAACCAAACCAAGACUUGUGGUUGCCUGAGGGGCAACUGGACAUAAAAGUACAUUUCGAACCCUGUAUUUCGUCAGAAUGUGUCAUAUUUGGUAGGCACAAGUAAGCUACCUGUGAGAUAGGGUGUAAGUUAGACUGACAGAAUAUAUUUAAGAGAACAGGUGGUUGCAGUUUUAACUGUUAAUGUCUAAAGUACAUUGCAGGGCUAAGUUUUUGCUUUUUUGAUUGACAUUUGUGUCUAGUGUUUUUUUGUAUGCUCUUUGUAGAUUGCACAUGCACUGUGGAAAUUUGUUGAAAGUGCACAUUUUGUACAUCUUUUUGAGGCAGAAACCAACGAAUUCCAAUGCACAUGGCUAGAAAUUGAGCUGAAGAAAAAAUGAAGGCAUCUAUACUGUUGACUGUUUAUUUACUGAAACAAAAUGGCCCCUCGUUUGAAUAAACUCCUAACUGUAAAAUUUCACAGACUUGCUGUUGUUUCCAACUAAAAUACACAUAGCCCUUACCCAAAUAUUGUAUUUGAGUUUCAAGUGAGAUGCUUUAAACAGGCUCGAUUUUAUUUUAAACUGUCAUCACCUCUAUUUCCAAUCAUGGGUUGAACAUUUCAUAAUUAUUUUUUGUUAUUCAAAGAUUUGCACAUAUCUCAAGUAAAAGCCAUCAUUGAGGUUUUGUGAGAGGUUUAUUGUUUACCUGAAUGUACACUACCACAAUGCAAUAUCAGUAAAAUAUCACCUUGAUCAUAACAAUGUUUUCCCAGUUGGAAGAUUUUAAUGCAGGGUAUUUACAUUUUUUUCCUGCUUCUUCAGUUUUGAAUUGUAGCUAUGAUUUUUACUGGCACCAAAUUGUACAGAAUAUUGUAAUUUUCCUUCUGACAUUUGUUAGCAUCAUCAUUUUGGUGUCAUGACAGUAAUAGUGGGAGGAUACAUUAAUAGAAUGAUAGUAUCCAUGUGGAGCUACAUACCAAGCCUAUGUUUAUUGUUUAGUCUUUGGAGCUAUGCUGAGGCUGUUACUGAAAGCUUACAAAUCAUUAGACCAGUGGAUUUAUUUUAGUAACUUCUUCCUUGCAUUUCUCUCACCUUUAGCUACAGUAGUGGUAAAAUACUUUAUGGGAGAUGGUUUAGUGAGAUUUCAAUUCCUGGUCUGUAAUCUGGUCUGUACGUUAAAAGGGGGAAAUUAUUGGCUGUGGCAAAAAUUUGGCACUUGGCCUUCCGCCUUUAAGAUUGUGUUGAUCAUCAUUGAUCAUUCGAUUCCUGGUCUGGUAACUUGGUGAGUGGCCCUGUUUACCUUGGUGCUACUGGUGCUGUUUUGCAAGCUGAACUGAGAUUCUCAGCUGUCAUGGCAUGAACGCCUUGGUUAUCCACUGGGUAAAAAUCCCCAUGCAAUUUUCAUAAAGCAUCUUUGGUCUUGGUCUUAAUAGCUAGUUGUACAAAGGUAAGGUUUAUGUAACUUAAUACAGACUUCCUUCCGGUGUCUUAUAAUCAUGGUAUUUUCAGGAUGUACUGUACUUUCUUAUUGUUAUAAUGUUGUUGUCAGAGAUACCGUUAUUUUGUAAGCCAGCAUGUGCUUUGAAACAUUUCAAUUUUAGUUAUCUUCAAUUUAGUUUCAGUUUAUGUUAAAGGAGCUGUGUCACCAAAUUCAUCAACUGAAAUUCAAACAGUAAGAACGACCACCAAACUGGAUGAAAUAUAAAAAUAAUUGCAGAAAACAUUCAAAGAAGGUGUAAAUAACAUGUGUAGCUAAUACAAAAGGAGGCACGGAUGGACAAGAAAUUGAAGAAGAUUGAAACGGAUUGUAAUUGUGUUUUUUGAAAACUUGUCAGCCUAAGAGUUUUUCAAAGUUCAGUUUUGUUGUUUGUAACAUUUAAUAUAUUGCUUGGGAGACAUAUUCGUUUGAGGAGAAACAGUGAUUUUGUCAUUCACUGGUAAUUUCUCAAGUUCAUUAUUAGCGAGUAAGGACAGGUACACUGUAAUUGGUAUUAUUUACAAAAUGAGCCAGACAGCCCGCUGCUGUCACACAGCCCCUUCAACAUACACAUUUGAAACUAUCCACUUACUACCAUUGUGUGGUAAGAUGGUUUGUGUUGUAGAGAUUAAUGACUCAUGAGUUGUUCUUUUACAGGAUUUGAAAGAUUACAUGCGGCAGGCAGGAGAAGUGACCUUUGUUCAGUGCCAUAGAGAUAGAGUAGGAGAAGGGUAGGUUGGCUUUCAAGAUUCAUUUCAACUUGUGGUGUAAGAUUAUUAUUACACUGUGCAAAAGGCAAUCUUAAACCCUUUGACUGUAAGAGUAAAUGAUCAUGAAGUCUUGUAAGGUGGCUUUAACUUUUGAGUGCAAGGAUGAUUUGACGUUUCAAAUGAAACCCCUUUGCCAGUCGGUACUGUUUCUUGGUAAUUAAUGUUUUAAAAGAAAAUUUUAAAAAAUGUUGAAUUUUGAUAUUGGCCACUUUUGAAAGGAUUUUAGUAGUGUCUUACUAAUGUAAUUACGCCCUCAUCAGGGUUUAGAAUAACUUGUUCAACGAUUUUGCCAUUUCUGUAAACUUAAAACAAGCUUCAAUAUCGAAACAUGCAGGCACAAUUUGUCUUUGAAUUUACCACUAAAAGUUGUAUCACAACAUACAUAGAUAUAGAGAGAUAUGAAAUGUCUCUUCUCAUGUUAAAAAAUACUUUUCAACACACAAAGAGAUAUUUUGUAUCCCCAAGCGACCAUGUAAUGUCCUUUUUUUAUAUAAACACCAAUGAAAUAUCAAACCAUUUCACUUAAAUUUAUUUUGCACGUGUGAAGAUGAUAUGUCCUUUUCACGAAAGAAUAUUAUUAAUUAUCAAGUUUUCUUGCAAAAGAUCACCUUCCUUUUCAUUGGUGUUUAUAUAUUUCAUGCUUAUGUAAACUGUAGUUUUGUUUAUUCUUUUCUUUCUUUUUUUUGUUCUUAGGGUUGUUGAGUUUGCAUCAAUGAAUGAUAUGCAAAGAGCUAUUAAACGCUUGGAUGGCACAGAGUUGAUGGGAAAGCGUAUUCGGCUUACUGAGGUUUGUUGGCAGACUGAAGUGCAGGGCAGCCCAUUGCCUUGUCUGAGAUAUUUUAGUUGUUAAAUGUUAAAUAAAAGUUUCUUUGGUUUUCUUUUAUCUCCCUUCCUUGUUUCUGUUUGUGUGUGUUUGGUUUUUAGUAUAAUCAAAUCAAAUCACUGGUUCAAUGUCCCUUUUGCAGUCGGAAGACUGAAUUGUAGGAUACCUUACAAGCUGUGAUAUAUAUACUAAUAAGCUACAUUUAUUGACAAGAUUGAUAUUUAACACUAACAAAAUUUGAGAAACGUUCAGUCCUUGUGGCCUGCUAGAAUUCCCUGAUCUUAGACACACACUGGUAGAUAUAGGUACCACUCAUUUAUGUAUUAGUGGGUAUAACGGGGUACCUGGCCGAACCUUACCUAUAAAUUUAAUACACGAGACUGCCCGACGGUCAGAAAGAGCGGAUUAUGCAGCUUUGUUGAGUGCUGUUUCAUACGAAAUACCAGGCCAAAUGAUGGAAAGGGCCCCUUUUUGCACGUUCUCGAGAUAGCAAGCAAGAUACUUACGCAAGCCAGCAAAGACAGCGGAGGUGUACUCAGAACAUCAGCACAACCAUUUUUUUUUAUUUUUCUUUAUGUCUUACAGAGAGGUCGACCACGAAGAUCGUCUCGCUCAUUAUCACCACGGCGCCGUGCAAGGUAAACAUUCAUUGACUCGGUACUGUAGAGCUGUACAGUCACUUGAUUCCGAGUCAAAUUGUUCCAUGGUAGCGAAUAUAAAGAGCGAAAAAUACUUGGGCACCAACGCAAGUAGGGUUCAUUAACAGAUGUGGCAGUUAAUUUAACCAACAUACUUGGUUUCUCUGCUACAUGCUUACUUGCCAUGAACUGAGUGAUUCAAAUAGACCGUUUUCACAUGACGGCCAUAUUAGUGUACAAACCAAUGGAACAGCGGCGAUGUUGGUGUACAGAAAAAAUCCUGAGGGUAUUAAAACUUUCUUGGUCCAGCAAAUUUGCAUAGUUGAUGAUUACGUGAGUGAAAACGAUCUAUACUUGGUUUUUCUGACACUCGUCCACUUGUCAAGAACUGGUUGUUACAUUCGUUUUUCUGACCCUCGCUUCUGAUUUUUAUGGGGAACAAGCAGGCUCUUGCAUACAACAAUGCGACGAUAACAUGGAACGAAAUGACCAUGGAACAAAGUGUCCGGAUGGCAUUGUAAAGUGAUUUUAUGCACUGCAGAGGAGUCUAACUGUAAACUCUGUGUUUCUAAAGCAGGUCCAGAUCUCGCUCACCCAGAAGGUCCCGCUCACCUGUAAGACGUCACUCACGCUCUCCUUUAGCAGGACGUGGACGCUCUCUGUCACCACGCCCAGGGGACAGUCCAGGAAGACGGCCAUACUCCAACUAAACCCCCCAAUCAAUAUUAACAAUCUUAAUAAAAAUGUUUUGUUCAGGAAGUUUAGCUUUCCAUAUCCUAUGACCUAAAUUUUCCCAAAUAGUAUGUACUUUUAGAAAAUUAGCAAUUUGAGUGAAACGUGUAACCACCUGUUUAGCGUCCCGUCAGAUCAGAAAAGGCUCGAACUGUAUCAGCCAUCUAUCCUUUAGUUUUCCACUAUAUGAAAAGCUUGUUAGGGUAACCGAAGGUUGUUUAGCUAUCCAGGACCGUUUUGUGUAAAUUGGCCUUUAUUCAAGCUCGGCAACAACACUUUUAAAUAAAGGCCAACGGCGUUGCAUUACUCACAACAUAAGUACAUUUAUGUGCGCACUAAUCUGAAAAUAUACGGGGCUUGCUUAGCAAAUCCCGUGUUCAUAUAUUGGUGUGACUUUUCCUUUUUUGUUUUAGAACACGAGGGGCCUAUUUUGAUCAGGUCAUUUUAGCAUUUUAGGAACUGUACUUGUUUCAAAGCGUGUACUCUCUUUGCAAAAAAUACCGUACGUUCAUAGAAGAAAAACAAAACUGUAACUCGUUUACUUGUUUUAAUAAACUGGAGUCGUCUAGUUG